AUGUAUGGUUAUAGGCCUAUGAAGCAACAGAAAGAUGUUGGCGGUAGUUCACGCCAGCAACCUGUUUUAGAGGUUCCAGACUCGCCUGUGCAAAAUCAGACAAAGCUGAAACCAACCUCAGGUGGCCAGAAAAGACCCACUUCAUUUAGAAACGGAUCAGGAUCGAGAGGGGCGAGUCCAGUACCUGGAGCUGCUGGAUCGUUCAUAAACGGUGCACCUGAAUCUCAACCAUUUCCUAUGUUGUUUUCCACCGCCAAGAAACCUCGACUAGAUUCACCUACGGGUGAUGGACAACAAAAUGGCAAGAAACCAGAAAGGCUACAGUCGUUGGCUGAUCGCUUUUCAUACCGUGGUAAUGUAACCAGUCCAGCUGCUGCUAGUCCUACCACUACAGCCAGCUCUUCUGGUAUUUUGGGCAGAUACAGUGCGAUGCUGGAUGGUAAUGGAAGCUCAACUCGUCCAAGCAGCGCGGUUAAUAGUAAUCAACUGCCACCUAAUACAAGAGUUCCUUCAGUCCCAGUUAAUCGAGCACCGCCUAAUCUGAGAGUACCUAAUGGGCAAGUUAAUGGUUCACCUAGUAGCAUAUCCAAUGGAGCAUCAAUUGGAACUACAAAUGGCACGUCUGAAGGUGUUCCUAAAAGACCCACCAUGCCUGCUCUCACAAUCGAUGACAGUUUAGUCAACCAACUACAGGCAAUGUUUGAGAGUCCUAUUGCGACUAUUCGACUAGCUGUCAAGGUAUACAAGACGUUUGAAAUGGCCUCAGAAUGGCUUUCAAAGCUGGAGGCUAACAGAAAAUCUGAAGUUGGCAACGUUUAUGUUGGAUCUAAUGGCCAACCUGCUAAUUCUAGUACAAAAAUUGAAGUGUCAAAACCGACUCGAUCUAUUAGAGACAAAUUCAGUAGUUCCAGGCAACAACAAAAAUUGCAACAGGAGAGUAAGAAAGAGUUUUUCGACGACGAUGAUGAAGAAACACAUACCACUAGCGCGGCCAAACCAAAACGACGACUGGUCAAGAUGUACGAAGAGGAAUAUCCUGUAUCAGACGAUAGUGAUGUUGAAGACGAGUAUCUUAGUGCAUCGGCCAUAGAGUUUGAAACCCGUCUUUUAGAGUUCUUGAAUACUGCUUCGCUUGAGGAUGUUGUCGACGUGUCGUCCUGUCCGGAAGAACAAGUACAACUUCUCAUCGAGGCACGGCCGUUAGCGUCAUUGGCUGCUGCUCGUGCUGUGAACAUUCAAGAGGUGAAUGACGGCAAGACAAAACGACGAGGUGGUCAAAAGAAGACCGUAGGCGAGAAGAUCGUUGACGCCAGUUACUCGGUAAGUUUUGAUGGGGCAUUUGUCUCCGGCGGCUGGGGCUCUGCCCCAGACCCCGUGGCUCCUGCUUCGCAAGAGGUGUACGGGAACGUCUACUAA